CGAGCGCCGCCGAGCAAGCCAUUUUUCUCGGACUUUCUGCGGACGCUCGGCGACGUUGACAACUACAAUACAGUGCGUUUCGCCGGGAACUCUUUGAUAUUAAACUUUUACAUCGAUUAAAGUUCGAAGAGUCUCGGGAAAAUGAUCGCAUAUUGCAGGGACGCGGCAGUGGCUGUGAAAAUUGAUAUGUGAGGAUUUGGAUAAAUAACUUAAAAACAGUUUGAUAAACUCCAUCCGCGCGCUUCAUGUUCGACAGGAUAGGAGGAGGAGGAUCGUUUAAAAUUAGUCAAAUCGUUCAAUACUUGGAGGAUAUCGACAUAUGGAAACAGGUAGUUGAACAACAGCGGGGUUUUAGUCCAGUGUUGUGAUGGGUAAAGAUUAUUACAGGAUCCUGGGGAUAGAGAAGGGCGCCUCAGAUGAGGAGAUCAAGAAAGCCUACAGAAAACAAGCUUUAAGAUUCCAUCCCGACAAAAACAAAUCAGCCGGAGCAGAAGAUAAAUUCAAAGAGAUCGCCGAAGCUUACGAUGUCCUGAGCGAUGCCAAGAAGAAAGACAUCUAUGACAGAUGUGGAGAGGAUGGGCUCAAGGGACACGCCGGAGGUGGCUGCAACGGCCCUAGCUAUACUUUUCACGGCGAUCCUCAUGCCAUGUUUGCAGAGUUCUUUGGGGGCCGUAGCCCAUUUGAUCAGUUUUUUGCAUCUACGGGGGGUGCAGAUGAUGACAUGGACAUUGACGACCCCUUUGCAGCUUUCGGAAUGGGAGGAAUGGGCAGAUUUCCCAGAUCUUUCAAGUCUCGGGUUGGCGGUGUACACGGGGGCCGAGAAAAGAAGAAAGAUCCCCCAGUAGUGCACGAGCUCAAGGUGAGUCUGGAAGAAGUGUUUUCUGGUUGCACGAAAAAGAUGAAGAUCUCUCGCAAGAGGCUGAAUCCGGACGGCUGCACCAUGCGCACCGAAGACAAGAUCCUCACCGUGGACAUCAAACGUGGCUGGAAGGAGGGGACCAAGAUUACCUUUCCCAAAGAGGGAGACGAGACUCCAAUCAACAUCCCUGCCGACAUAGUGUUUGUGGUUAAGGACAAGGUUCAUCCGGUUUUUAGGAGAGACGGCUCUGACAUCAUCUACCCUGCAAGGAUAUCCCUCCGAGAGGCUCUAUGCGGCUGCACCAUCAGCGCUCCCACCCUGGACGGUAGAACUGUGACAGUGACAUCACGUGAUGUCAUCAAACCCGGUAUGAAGAAGAGGAUAACUGGAGAAGGACUGCCACUGUCCAAAUGUCCUGAAAAGAGAGGAGACAUGGUGCUAGAUUUCUCAGUGAAAUUUCCGGACAAGUUGGGACCGAGUGCCCGUGAAUCUCUGGUUCAGAUCCUACCACCUUGAGCGUUGCAAGCACUGGAGAACAUACUCUCAACACACAUAUCCUAUGAUUAAGCCCUUCAGAUUUUCUAGAUGUUACUGCACCUGAAAGUAUCAGUGGUAAAUACACAAAAGUCAAGCUCAGAGAAACACAAUAGAGCUCCCAAUAGAUUAUUUAUACCCCCUUACUUAUAUCUCAAUGCACUAUUACAAAACACUGUGAAACAUUUCAGAAGUAAUAUAUUGUUUUGCAGUACCUCCAAGUAAAUGCUCCGUCAUGCUUCUGUUUGCUUCUGCAGGUUUCUUUCCCUUUGAAUCUGUUUAUAUUUUCUUUAAUUAAAAUAAUAUUCCAAUUUUAAUCUCUGAGCAGUCAACAUUGUACUUAACAGUAAUAUCAAUGCCGAACAAUAGGGUUUUAUACAUUUCUGAGGAUCUCAAAUAGUAAUUGUAGAAGUGAGCGUGUGAUUGUGUGAAAUCCCAAUGACGGGGUUCCUGUGAGCUGAGUUUCUUUGCAUAGAUUAAACCCAGGAAAUUCACAAGGGCUCUUGAGCAUUAUCACAGUGCUUCCAGAGCAGGUGUGGUUACAUUUACUAUUGCUUGAUAAAAUUUCACUGGGGAAAUGGAGUCAUUCCAAUCCACCUCAUUUUUCAAUGUUGAAGUAAGCUAUUUUCUAUGAAUGUGGGAGAUUUCCAAUUCAUUAGAAAAAUAAUGCACACCCGAGGUGGUGAUGCAGGCAUGACGCAAAGUGGAGUUUUUUUCCCUCUGCUGUAAAGUUGGGCAUUUUAACAUGGGGGUCUAUGGGAUUGGUUCCCUUUUGGAGCCUGUCUCUAGCAGUCAGUUGAUGAAUUGUUGAAUUCAAGAGAGAGGGAGGAAGGUUUCCGCUUGGGAUAGACCUUAUGUGUCAGAGAAACAAGAGAAUUUCUUGUUAAAUCUUUAGAAUUUUCAUUUUUAGAAUUUUAAACUUCCGUUUUUGUGGUAACUCUAUAGGAUCACUGUUGAAGAUUAAUUGUAAUGUUCGAAGCGGAUGUCAUUAACAUUAGUAGACUGGGAAGAACUUACGGUACGAACUUACGGUAACGCUGUGGAAAUACAAACGGAAGACAAAGACAACGAGCAGUGCAAAAAAGGGGCGGAGCUACAAGGUCUAUAAGUACAAUAAAACUACUUGUGCUGCUAACCAGUGUGUUUAUAAUUGACAAUACAUUAAAAUAAUAUGAUAAGAAAUACCUGUUUGCAGUGUCGAGCAGUAUAACAAGCAGUUUUGUCAUUAAAAUGACUGGAAGCCAAUGACAACGGAUGCCUCGCACAUUCAACUUAAACGGCUGCAUCAGCUCAUACAUUAAAAAGAAGGAGAAUAGGAAUCUGUGUGAGGGCAAAAAUUUUCCCCACGCAGAUUUUCAAAUGAAGCAGCUUUCUUGUGCCCAACGCAGUGAAUUUCUGUGACUGCUUUGAAACUGGCACAGAAACGUUCGCACGGAAUUCCCAAACGGAUUGGAAAAACCGAAUUUCAACCAUGCAAAUUCGAUGAGCAAUGGUGAAUGCAACCACGCAUUUAAACUAUAGACACCACUGGCUUUCUCCUGCUAGGAGCGACCCAUGAUAGGUUACUGUGAUUUCCACGUCACCACUGUGUCUUUGAGCACAUAACUGCUCCAUUCAGACCAUUCCUCCUCUAGUUAUUUGUUUGUUGCAGCCAAGUACAUUUCAGGUUUAAAAAUGCCUGAAUGUAUCUUUAAUGAACUAUUAAUGAGUGAUGUUUUGGAAAGCAUAAAUGUGUUGGUGCAAAAUUACACUCUUCAGCUUCUAAUUUGCUAAGGAGCAUUCAUUUGUGGGAAUGUGGGAACACUAUAAAACAUUAAACACAGUUUAAACCUUAUUUUGCUUGCAAUAAAUGUGGCUUGAAAAUAAUUCAUAAUAUUCUUUCAUGGCCCUGGAAACACACUUAUUUUAGAGUCAUAUAUUUAUGCUGUUAUUGUAGUGCAUACAUCAAGAUGAUGUACAAUGAUGAGAUGAUGGCGAUUUUAUAGACUUUAUUGGAUUUUGCAUCUUAGAACUGCCAUUACCAGAAGUAAUUUUAUAAGGAAUGACAGUAUUUGUGCCAAACGUUUGCAGAUUGCAAUGGCACAUAUGCGCACAGUUUAAAGUACCUCACACAUUAUUGUUGCAUCAUAUCAGCAUGCUAUUUUAAAUUCACAACGUUAUGGAAUAUGUGCGUUUCUGUAAAAAGAUAUUGGCUUUUUUAGCGAAAUGCUUCACGAUUCUUUAUCAUGCGUAAUUGUUUUUAUUUCUUGCAAUUAAAGGCUUUACAAGUGC